GUGUCUAACUCCUUCUCGAUCAUUACAAUCAGCUCAUUACUUGUUAUCCAUCAAUAAAAUCACUUUAAUCAAUCAAUCAAUCAAUCAACCAGUUCCAGUUGUCUUUACAGAGUAGAUUGAUAUAUUCUGUAUGAACUAAAUCAUCACUAUCCUUUACCUUACCUACACAAAAUUUAUAAUACUUAUAAACACAAUCAUAUAUCUAUAUAACUAUUCAUAAUGCCACCAAAAUCAUACCCAUCAAAAUCAGCAUCACCAUCAAAGAAGAAAUUCCAACCUAAGGAUUUGGUAUUUGCUAAAAUGAGUGGAUUUAAACCAUGGCCUGCGUUUAUAAUCCCCCUUAAUUUAGUUCCAAAAAAUGUUUCAAAAAGUAAAAAAAAGAGUACAGAAUAUUGUGUAAUUUUUAUUCCUGAAGGUAAUUAUGGUUGGAUUCAAGAAAAGAAUCUUACUGAAUUAACUCCUGAAUUAUUAAAUUCUGAAUUAUCAAAAAUCCCUAAAGAUAUUUUAAAACAAGAUAAUUUAAGAUAUUGGACUCGAACUCCAACUAUAAAGGAAUCAAUAGCCGCCACUAAAGGUUUAACUUAUGAAAAAUUUAUGAAGUUCACUGCUGAUAAAUUUAAAGAUGGAAAAGGAGGAGAUGAUGAUGAUGAUGAUGAAGAAGGAGAUGAAGAAGAGGAGGAAAUAGCAGAAGAAGAAGUUGAAGAAGAAGAACCAUUGCCUCAGAAGAAACCAAAGAAAGGAAGAUCAUCAUCUAAAGAUGAUGAAAAUGAUGCUGAUGGUGAAGAUGACGAAGAAGAAGAUGAUGAUCAUGAUCAAGAAGAAGAAUCAGUAUCUGAAAUAAAACCAGCUAAACGGAAACCAAAUAAAGCCACCUUAACCAAGAAUGGAAAAGCCAUUCCAUCAACAUCCUCAUCCUCAUCAACCAGUUCCACUACUUCAAAACGAGUUAAACGAGAGUUGGAAGAUGAUUCAACUCCAAUUUCAAAGAAGAAGAAACUUAAUGGUAGUAGUCCAAGUCAUAUUAAACUUAAAAAUGAAAGUCCCAAACCUGUUAGUGAAGAUGAAAAAAGACAUCAAUUAUGGUUAUGUCGUAUUAAAUUACAACGCACUUUGAUUCAACGAAAUCAACCUACAACCCCUAAGGAUACAAGUAAAUUAACUCCUUUAACAGCUGAUGAAUUACUGAUUGCAAGAUUAAUCUUAUAUCGAUUAUUAGAUUUCCCAAUUAGUAUUGAUUUAUUACGUAAAACUAAGAUUCAUAAAGUUUUAAAAUGUAUUAUAAAAGAUGAAAGUUUGAAAUAUUCUGAUAGUUUUAAAUUACAUGAAAGAUGUCAAGAAGUUUUAUCGAAAUGGGAUUCUGAAAUUCAAACUUUAAAAUUAGAAAAACUGGCUCGAGAAUUAAAUAAUCUUAAUGCUGGAGGUGGAAGUGGUAGUGGUGGUAAUGCAACUAGUGGUAUUUCAAGUAUUAGAGGUAGUCCAACUAAUGGUGCAAAGAAUGGUGAUGAUAAAUUUAAGUUGAAAAUUAGUCAAGUUGCAGCUGCUCAAGCAGGUGAUGAUUCUGAGAUAUCAGGUCUUGAUCAUUCUAUAACUGAUAAAAAGGAUGAAGAUGAUGAUGAAGAAAGUAAUAGUAAUGAAGAAGAACAGAAUAAUAAAACUUCACUUCCACUGAAGAGUAGUAUUAGUAGUAUUGGAGUAUGAAUGGAAUAAAAAGAAAAAAGAAAGAGAUGUACUGGUUACACUAUAUUGAAACAACAAAAACAACAACAACAACAAC